GCCUCUGGGAGCGCAGUUUGUGGCGCCAGAAUUCAGAGCGCGCCAGCGCCUGAGAGGCGAUAUCUUCCUGGAGCUCCGCACCCUCUCCCUCACAACGGAUUCCGGCUCCCGCAGCGGGACACCAUGGUGGUCCUCCGCAGCAGCCUGGAGCUGCACAGUCGCUCCACCACCUCUUCGGCCACCGACUCUCUGGACCUGUCCAACGAGUUCCUCAGCCUGAAGGAUAGCGGCCGAAGGCGGCCCGGCUCGCCCCGAGCCGCGGGGAAAUCCCUGGUCCCCACCGCGGAUGGCUCCUCAGUUAAGGGAGUUGAAAGGUACCGCCAUACGCAUUCUUUAAGAUCUUUGAGGAAAAAAGAACAGAUUUCUUCAGAUUCUAGUUCUGAUAAGAAUAUGGAAAGAACAGAGAAACACACUACUAAUGGCAGACAUUUUACAAGGCAGUUGGCUCGACAGCAGGCUGAUAAAAAAAAAGAAGAGUGCAAAGAAGACAAAGUUAUUUCAGUUACUCACUCAUUGAGGAAUAGAAACAUUGCUCAGAGUACAGAACAUUUGCGUGAACAGAAUGGAGAUGUUGAAGUUCGAAGAAGUUGUAGGAUUAGAAGUCGUUACAGUACUGUGAACCAGUCUGUGCUAUUUGACAAGCUUAUAACAAACACUGCUGAAGCUGUACUUCAGAAGAUGGAUGACAUGAAAAAGAUGCGUCGACAGCGGAUGAAAAAACUUGAAGAUUUGGGAGUGUUUAAUGAAGCAGAAGAGAGCAAUCCUUAUAUGUACACAAGAGGAAAGCGGAAGGCUAUUCAACAGGCCGAUGAAGAAACAACUGAUAACCAAGAUGGCAGUGUGGAAUCAUCUGAAGAGGGUGAAGAGCAAGAGGAGGAUGAUGGUGAAGAUGAAGAAGAUGAUGAUGAUGAAGAUGGAGAAGAAGAUAAUCAAAAACGAUACUAUCUUAGGCAGAGAAAAGCAACUGUUUACUACCAAGCACCACUGGAAAAACCUCGUCACCAGAGAAAGCCCAACAUAUUUUAUAGUGGCCCAGCUUCUCCUGCAAGACCAAGAUACCGACUAUCUUCUACAGGACCAAGAAGUCCCUAUUGUAAACGACUAAACAGGCGAAGGCACGCAAUCCACAGUAGUGACUCUACUUCCUCUUCCUCUUCUGAAGAUGAGCACUUUGAGAGGAGAAGAAAAAGGAACCGAAAUAGAGCUACUAACAGGUGCCUUCCACUGAAUUUUCGGAAAGAUGAAAUAAGAGGGAUUUAUAAAGAUCGAAUGAAAAUUGGAGCAAACCUUGCUGAUGUUGAUCCAAUGCAACUAGAUUCUUCAGUACGAUUUGAUAGUGUUGGUGGCCUGUCCAAUCAUAUUGCAGCACUAAAAGAGAUGGUGGUGUUUCCUUUACUUUAUCCAGAAGUCUUUGAGAAGUUUAAAAUUCAACCACCAAGAGGUUGCUUGUUUUAUGGUCCACCUGGAACUGGAAAGACAUUGGUUGCUAGAGCACUUGCCAAUGAGUGCAGUCAAGGGGAUAAAAGAGUGGCAUUUUUCAUGAGGAAGGGUGCUGAUUGUCUGAGUAAAUGGGUUGGAGAAUCGGAAAGACAGCUGCGAUUGCUAUUUGAUCAGGCCUAUCAGAUGCGCCCAGCAAUUAUUUUCUUUGAUGAAAUAGAUGGUUUGGCUCCAGUACGAUCUAGCAGGCAAGAUCAGAUUCACAGUUCUAUUGUUUCAACACUGUUAGCUCUUAUGGAUGGUUUGGACAGCAGAGGAGAAAUUGUAGUCAUUGGAGCUACCAACAGACUAGAUUCCAUAGACCCUGCGUUACGAAGGCCUGGUCGAUUUGACAGAGAAUUCCUUUUUAGUCUACCUGAUAAAGACGCUCGAAAGGAGAUUCUGAAGAUUCAUACAAGAGAUUGGAAUCCUAAACCACUGGAUAUAUUUCUAGAAGAAUUAGCAGAAAACUGCGUUGGAUACUGUGGUGCAGAUAUCAAGUCAAUAUGUGCCGAAGCUGCUUUAUGUGCCCUACGUCGCCGGUACCCACAGAUCUACACCACCAGUGAGAAGCUGCAGUUGGAUCUCUCUUCAAUUAAUAUCUCAGCUAAGGAUUUUGAGAUGGCUAUGCAGAAGAUAAUACCAGCUUCCCAGAGAGCUGUGACAUCACCUGGACAGGCACUGUCUGCCAUUGUGAAACCACUUCUGCAAAAUACUGUUCAUAUGAUCUUAGAAGCCCUACAGAAAGUGUUUCCACAUGUGGAAGUUAGAACAAACAAAGAUUUAAAUUCAGAUGGUGCUUGCCCUUUGCUAGAAAGUGAUUUGGCAUACAGCGAUGAUGAUAUACCAUCGGUGUAUGAAAAUGGACUUUCUCAAAAGACCUUUAAUCAGGCAAAAGAAAAUUUAAAUUUUCUUCAUUUAAAUAGAAACGCUUGUUACCAACCUAUGUCUUUUCGGCCAAGAUUAUUAAUAGUGGGAGAACCAGGAUUUGGACAGAGUUCUCACUUGGCACCAGCUGUCAUCCAUGCUUUGGAAAAAUUUACUGUAUAUACAUUAGACAUUCCUGUUCUUUUUGGCAUCAGUACUACAUCUCCUGAAGAGACGUGUUCUCAGAUGAUUCGUGAAGCUAAGAGAACAGCACCUAGCAUAGUCUAUGUCCCACAUAUCCACUUGUGGUGGGAAAUAGUUGGACCAACGCUCAAAGCCACGUUUAUGACAUUGUUACAGAAUAUACCUUCAUUUGCUCCAGUUUUACUACUUGCAACUUCUGACAAACCAUAUUCAUCUUUGCCUGAAGAGGUACAAGAAUUGUUUACCCAUGAUUAUGGAGAGAUUUUUAAUGUCCAGUUACCAGAUAAGGAAGAACGGACCAAAUUUUUUGAAGACUUGAUUUUAAAACAAGCUGCAAAGCCGCCUGUGUCAAAAAAGAAAGCAGUUUUGCAGGCCUUGGAGGUACUCCCAGUAGCACCACCACCUGAACCAAGACCGCUGACAGCAGAAGAAGUUAAACAGCUGGAAGAACAAGAAGAAGAUACAUUUAGAGAACUCAGGAUUUUCUUAAGAAAUGUCACACAUAGGCUUGCUAUUGAUAAGCGAUUCCGAGUCUUUACCAAGCCUGUUGAUCCUGAUGAGGUUCCUGAUUAUAUCACUGUGAUAAAGCAACCAAUGGACCUUUCAUCUGUAAUCAGUAAAAUUGAUUUACAUAAGUAUUUGACUGUGAAAGACUAUUUGAGGGAUAUUGAUCUAAUCUGUAGUAAUGCUUUAGAAUACAAUCCAGAUCGAGAUCCUGGAGAUCGUCUUAUUAGGCAUAGAGCCUGUGCUUUAAGAGACACUGCCUAUGCAAUAAUUAAAGAAGAGCUUGAUGAAGACUUUGAGCAACUUUGUGAAGAAAUUCAGGAAUCUAGGAAGAAAAGAGGUUGUAGCUCCUCCAAAUAUGCGCCAUCUUAUUACCAUGUCAUGCCAAAGCAAAAUUCUACUUCUACUGGUGAUAAAAAGUCAGAUCAAGAGCAAAAUGAAAAGCUAAAGGCACCUUGUACUCCUGUGGCUUGCAGCACCCCUGCUCAGCUGAAGAGGAAAAUUCGUAGUAAGUCAAAGUGGCAUGUAGAUAACAAGGUAAAGCGAAGGAAACUUUCACAAGCAAAAGACAAUCAAAUCAGGAGUGAUACAGAGGAAAGUCAGCAUACAAGUGCAGAACACACUGAGCUUGGAAAUACCGGAGAGUCUUCAAUAGAAGAAAGUGAGAAGCAAAAUGCUUCUGAAAGCAACAUAGAUUUGAAAAAUAACUCAAGUAUCUCUAAUAUUGAGAAUGAACUUGAAGAAUCUAAUCAAACUACAGAGUGUACAGAACUGAGAAAAGAUAGAAUUGAUUGUAAUGGAGAUACUUCUAGCUCCCAGGUCAUAGAGAUUCCUGAUGAAAAUGAAUCAAAAGAAAUGUGUAUUCUGCGAAUGACUCGAGCUAGACGGUCUCAGGUAGAGCAGCAGCAUCUCAUCAGCGUAGAGAAGGCUCUGGCGAUUCUCUCUCAGCCUACUCCUUCACUUGUUGUGGACCAUAAGCAGUUAAAAAAUCUUUUGAGGACUGUUGUUAAGAAAAGUCAGGAAUAUAAUAUAUUCCAGCUGGAAAACUUGUAUGCAGUAAUCAGCCAGUGUAUUUAUGAGCAUCGCAGGGACUAUGACAAAACAAUUCUUGUUCAGAAAAUGGAGCAAGUGGUAGAAAACUUCAAUUGUUCCAGAUUAUGAUGUCAUUGCAUCAAGUAUUUUUAUUUUCAAUUCCUGUUUGUCUUUGGACAUAACUGAUGCAAGAUAAAUUAAAUCUUGUAUCUUCAAGAAAAGAUUAAAAUAGUAAAAGUAUUUUAAAUUUCCUGAUAUUUAUGUACAUGUGGUAAGAUAACUGAUAAGUCUUGGAUUUUGUUUAACUAAAACACUGUAACAAUAGUAAUAGUUCUAGUUUGUCCUAUGUUAAAGCUAUUUUGGUAAUAUUUUGUGGCAUUUAAUAAUAAUUUAGCAGCACUGGAUUUUUUGUUGUUGUUAGAAAAGCACUUUUAAUUUGACCCUUCCUAGUAGGUUAUUGUAUUAGAUUAGAAUUGUAUUUGUUGUAUUUUUGCCAUCUCUGUCUUUGUUUUCCUCUAAUACCUUUCUCCGUCUGCCAAAAUUAAAGUUGUGAUUUGUAAGGGGCCUCAAAUACAAUUCUGUACUUAAUAUAAAGAUUAAUGUUUUUAAGUAAACAUUUUUAUGGUUCUAUUUUGAGCUAAUAAAGAUUUAAAAAUGUA